GCCGUCAAUAUCAUUCUUUACUUAUGUUGUGUGCUAAAAAUAUAACCAACAAAGUUCACGUGUAUUUUAAUUUAGCGUUAUUUAUUUAGUAAAUGAAAUAAAUAUAAUUACCUACAAUGCAGCACGACGACGUUGUUUGGGCGAUCAUCAACAAAACUCAUUGCUCACACAAAGUUUCCACAAAAACGCAACAAUUUUGUCGAAAUGAGUUUAACCUUACUGGUUUGUGUAGCCGCGCUUCGUGCCCGCUCGCCAACAGCAAGUAUGCGACGGUUAGAGAAGAGAAUGGUAUUAUCUACUUGUUUAUGAAGACAGCUGAAAGGGUUAUGUUCCCUUCAAAACAAUGGGAAAAGGUGAAGCUCUCAAGGAAUUUUGAAAAGGCCAUACACCAGAUAAAUGAGAACCUACUAUACUGGCCCGGGUUUAUCAAAGCAAAAUGCAAACAAAGAUUUGUAAAAAUUACCCAAUAUCUGAUACGAAUGAGAAAACUGAAACUUAGAAGAGUGAAAGAGCUUGUUCCCAUACAACGCAAAAUAGAAAGGCGUGAGAGGAGACGAGAGGAGAAGGCUUUAGUGGCAGCCCGGAUAGACAACGCCAUUGAGAAGCAACUGCUGGAUAGACUGAAGAAGGGAACUUACAACGACAUCUACAACUUCCCGCAAAUGGCGUUCGACGCCGCCCUCAAGGCCGAGGAGGUGUCCGACGAGAGCGAGAGGGAAGACGAGGAGGACGACGAGACAGAGAGGGACAGAGAGAUGGAGCCCGAGCUCGAGAGAGAGCUGGAGCGGACCGUGGACACAGUUGAUGAGUUUGUGGAGGCCGAUAGUGAAAUGGAGUCGGAUGAGGAAAGUGAUUCAGGAAAGAAAGAAGACGCCGACGUUGGUAGCGACUUCGAAUCUGAGACAUCUGAUAUUGAGGAUAUCGCAGAGAAGGUCGUCAGCAAGAAGCCCCGCGUUGAAAUUGAAUACGAAACCGAACCUACUGUUAGUAAGAAGAAGAUUAAAAAUUAAUGCUAUUGACUUAUACUGUA